UCAAGGUCAUGUCAUUCCAAACCUGUAUGACUCUCUUUAUCUGUGGAACACAAGAUAUUUGGAAGAAGGUAUCGAUCUUUUUUUCCAUACGGUGGAAGGCAAUGGGGAAAGUUACAGUAUGGGUACAGUAUAGUUACUAAUUGUCAUUAAACUUGUGUAUGUUUGUUUGAGUGUGUUUUGUUUGAUAUGUUUUGUGAUGUCUGUAGAAGAGAGGCAGAUUCCUGAGCGUGUGCCAGAGCAGCUGAAUUAUCUGAGGACUCUUGUGGACAGUCUUCUAGCAGAUAAAGAGAAGAGCACUGAUGUGGCGAGUGAAGUAGAGGCAGCCAUACUGCAGCUGCAGUCCGAGUGUGAGAAACUCCACAGAACAUCCAACCACCUGACGGAGGAACACAGCAAGAAACAGACACACAUCGAUAAAGCUGACAAGCGGGCUCUGGAGAGCAAGGUGAGCAUGAGAGAGCAGCUCAAUAACAUGUUACAGGAUCUGCUGAGUAAGAUCAGCGGUCAGGAGCAGGACUGGAACAAGGCCAUUGAGAAGAUCUCCACUGAGAUGGACUGCAAGUUGAACUGGACUGAGCUGGAUCCUCUGAAGAAACAGCUCGAUGAUCGCUGGAGGACCAUCCAUAAGCAUCUGCAGACACCUCCGAUCCCCGAGCAGGAUGACGCCGCUGGACUCAGGAAACAAUUAUUGGCCCGGUUUCACUGCAUCUCCUGUGACCGUCCAGUGGAUAUGAUGACACCAGGACAGCACUUGGUGACUCUGCCCUCUGCCCCAGGACUGCCCUCUCACAAGUCCAGCCGGCCCUACACUGUGUAUGAUCUGGAGCAGGUGCGACAGCACUGCAGGAGGUCAGACACAUCACACUCACCAGCCUGUCCUGCAGCUUUUACAGUGCUUGUCCAGAAGGGGGAAUCAAAACCCAAACUUACUUCACUGUGUUCUGCAGAUACCACACAGUAUACCUGACAUGAACCUCAUUGUUCUGUAUGUACACCAACUUUCAGUAUUUUUGGACAGAAUUUGUCACACAAGAAAAAGUCA